UCCAUGCUGUGCACUUGGUAAACAAAAAAUGGCGUUUAAAAGAGAGGGCACGGAUACAGCGCUGUUGCAAGACUUGCAGAAACGUCGAGUUAGUGAAAUUCUUGUGAGCCACAUACCGGAAGACGAAGCACUUCUUCUCAAGAAUGGAAAAUACGCGUGCACGCUGUGUCCACAUCGACCUGUCCUCGACACCAUUGAAAUGCUUGCCAUGCACAGAAAAGGAAAACGACACUUGAUAAGUGAGUGGAAGGAGCGUGAACUGGAAAAAAGGCUACAGGAAGCAAAUGCAGCCGCUAGAACAGUAAUUACAAGCUUUGAUCGUUCCAAGCUUUUAGGCUCUGCACCAGUAAAAGCCACAAAGAAAGCACCGCGUCUCAAGCUUAUGAAGUCAGCACCUUAUAGCAGCUGUUGUAAAAAGAAAGGAGGUGACCAGGAGGGCACAAAUGCCAGUGGAAUAAAUGAGGCAAAGACACCAGCUGUUUCGCAAAAUGCAGAGAACCCUUUAGUCAAGGCAUACAUCAAGAAAACCCAGCGAAAAAACAGCUUCACUGCUGUCGUUGAACAAAGCAAGCGCAGCAGUACGACACCUCAAAGGUGCGACAAUGGUGAAAGCACAGCGCGACCAAAGAAGACUGUAUAUAAGGAUGUCAAAAAAGAUCUUACUCAAGAAGAGGCCAAGGAGAAGGCGAAAGCGCAGUACUUUCUCAACUUGCGAAUGUCUGGCUGGAAGCUGGACAGAGAUGGCAAAUGGGUCAAAGACGAGAAUGUCGAGUUUGACAGUGACGAAGAGGAACCUCCGCCUUUUGUCGAUGAAAGUGGGGAUUCCGGAUCAUGAUAUCUGCUGAAGUUUGAGUGUGUUCAUAUCUGAAAGAGCGAUUAGGCGCAGUACUAAGUGGGGCAGUGGAAACGAAGGCGAUAACUCACUCAACUUGUCCCAUUAAAGGGUCCCCAAAGAGAAACAAUGAGUCUUUUCAUAUUGAUGAACUGUACUUUGAGAACAAUGUCAGAAAUAUCACUGCCAUAAGUUCAUUAUCAGCGGAGAAGUUGAAGUUUCUGUUUUAAAAUUUCGCGCCGUAAUCUGGCGUAAGUGGCGUAAGAAAUUCCACGAUGUUUUUUUUUUUUUCGUAUUUUCGUGGCAUUGGCUCGAUAAAAUUUUCUGAGACUUCGUAUGCUUUGUCUAUGGCACCCACAGAUUAUACUGACCUUCAAUUUUAUUUAUUAGAAGCUUCAUAGGACCCAGUAGGCGACUUCGAAAAUUAAUAACGUCACAGUAUUUGGUGCGGGAAUCCCAAGGUGGCGUCUCCACGCGCAGUUUCUUUUCGCGCUCUUUUUCGCUUACCAAGUGUGUCGCGGUAAGAGUGGAGUUCUCGCGAUGGUGAAAUCGUACUUUACUAAUACGCGAAAAAGCCCUCUGCUCUUUAGUGUCCCUUUAAGUGUUGCUUGUACAUAUUUGAUGAUUUUGUAUUAAAGAGAUUAAUUGACAAAA